AUGGAGGCAUUCUCUGUAGCAACGAAAGCGGCAGCAGAAAAAUACUUCAAUAAUGUUUAUGGCGAUCGCCAGGUCCGUCUUUGGAUUCUUGGCACUCGUCCCGACUACCAACGACUUGGCCUCGGGACCAAACAGUGUCAGUGGGGACUAAACUAUGCGCGAGCUCACACGGUACCGGUUACCGUUUUGAGUAGCCCCAUGGGCGGUGCAUUGUACAAAAGCCUUGGCUUCCGUGUGAUGGCGUAUAUCACCGUUCAAGCCGAAGGGGAAGAGGAGAAACUUACCAUCGGGGUAAUGGUUCGUGACAGUGAACAAGACGGUGUGGAUAUUCAUCCGGCGUCUUGA